AGUACUCUGGCAACCAUGUAGCGCUGAGAGCAAAGAUACCCCCGACGAGCCAAACUACCAUGUCCUCCUCUUUAUUCGUGUCGACACACAGCAGCACAACAUGAAAAUGUGUUUCUGAAGACACCUGGACGCUCGGACAAGGAAUUACGAGGCGAGAGGGAGUCGACAGUGAAACCGAAGCCUUGUAACACAGAGGCACUAUCUGCCCUCGCCUGGAGCUGUGGACUGGGGGGGACGCUGGGGCAGCUCCUCUCAUUUAUUAGCCCACCUUGGCCGUGGUUUUUUUUUUUAUCCGCUUUAAUGGCCACUCUCAUCCAGCUACGCGCGUUUUAGUCGCGAGAGAAGGGCGUGUAGCGCUAACGGAUACCGGGGCUAGUUUGUAGUUUGCACCAGGUCCGUCCAUCCGCGUUACCGCCCCGUUUUUUCUCAGCGACAAGAAGAAGAAGAAGAAGAAGAAGGUACCGCGUCGGGUGUUGAGAGAAAAAAAACCUGCGGACAACAUGGGGAAUACAACCUCCUGCUGCGUGUCGUCGAGCCCCAAACACCGGAGGAGUAACCACUCCAGGCUGGAGCCCUACCGGCCGGAGCCCGAGCUGAGCCGAGAGGACACGGGCUGCAACCUCCAGCACAUCAGCGACAGAGAGAACAUAGACGAUCUACCCAUGGAGUACAAUCCGUCAGAUCAUCCCCGGGCCAGCACCAUCUUCCUCAGCAAGUCACAAACCGACGUUGCUGUGCCCAACAAGAAAGUCCGAGAAAAACGGAAGAGCCUUUACAUCAACCAUCAUCAUCCAGGCCCAGUGAGACGGAAGUACAGCUCGUGUUCCACCAUAUUCCUCGAUGACAGCACUGUCAGUCAGCCCAACCUCAAAUACACCAUUAAAUGCGUAGCCCUUGCAAUAUACUACCACAUAAAGAACAGAGAUGUCGACGGAAGAAUGUUGUUAGACAUUUUCGACGAGAAGCUGCAUCCACUCUCAAAGUCUGAGGUUCCUGCUGAUUACGACAAACACGACCCUGAGCAGAAGCAGAUCUACCGCUUCGUCAGGACGCUGUUCAGUGCUGCACAGCUCACUGCUGAGUGCGCCAUCGUCACUUUGGUGUAUUUGGAGAGGCUCCUGACCUACGCUGAGAUCGAUAUCUGCCCGGCCAACUGGAAGCGUAUCGUGCUGGGAGCCAUCCUCCUCGCUUCUAAGGUCUGGGACGACCAGGCGGUGUGGAACGUCGACUACUGCCAAAUUCUCAAGGAUAUCACUGUGGAGGACAUGAAUGAGCUGGAGCGUCAGUUCCUGGAGCUGCUGCAGUUCAACAUCAACGUGCCGUCCAGCGUCUACGCCAAGUAUUACUUUGACCUGCGCUCCCUGGCCGAGGCCAACAACCUCAGCUUCCCCCUGGAACCCCUCAGCAGGGAGAAAGCCCAGAAACUAGAGGCCAUCUCUCGGUUGUGCGACGACAAGUACAAGGACUUGAAAAAACUAGCCAAGAAGCGGUCGGUGAGCGCAGACAACCUGACGGUGGUGCGGUGGUGUCCGGCCAUCAUUUCCUAACACUGGUCGCCUGCAGAGGAAUAGAUAGACCUGUAAAGCAUAUUUCUGCCUGGUAAGCAGGCAAACCAGGUGGGCAGCAGUCCUGUGGAUCAGUGGGUCUGUCUGGAAUAUACACACAUAUACACACACACACACACAUUCACACAAUCUAGCACUUUUGCAAGUGUGAUUGCACCCUCUCUGGUUGUUGUACAUAAAAGAAGUCCCACUGGCUGCCUGCACUGAACCAAACGGAGCUGAGCUGAACCAAACUGAAGCGUGGGAGCGAAAGUUGUCGGAACGAAGACCUUAUCUGCGAAGGGAAAAGCGGCCAAUUGGAAAUGCAGAGACUGAAAGACUGUGUGAAGUUGGGAAAUGGAAAAAUAGGAACAAGCUUAAAGAGCAAAAUACAUAACCGCAGCGUUCCAUAAUUCCCUCCGAAGCUCAACUGUCUCGAGCGGCUGAUUGAGACGAGGCCGCGUACAUUCCUUUCAUUUUAAUCUCCUGGUUCAGUCGGUUCCUUAGCUGAAGCAUGAGAUGAUCUUUUGACAGCUUAUAGGCACACUGCAAAUUUUAAAUGCUCAAUUUCUCUAUUUUUUUUUUUUUUUUUGUUUCGUCUGCGUCCGUCUGUUCGUUUGCAUUCCCAUCCAGCGACACCAGCUGCUUCAAAACAAAAGGAGAGACGUGUACAUUCCAUUGUUACCUUGAGGGUAGCAGCUCGUACAUCCAACCGGACGACAUAUCAUCAAACAAAAAAAAGAAUCCGCUGAGUCUUCAUUUACACUGUGGCCAUUUAAUCGAGGUUCUCCAGAGAACUGACAAUUUAAAAGCAUGUCUUGUUUUUUUUUUUUUUAGCUCAAAGGCACUUUGACAGGAAAUGGGAUUUUUAAAAAUCUAAACUCACAGCUGCAGAAUAAUGAUCUCUUUACAGCCAGGCCAUCAGCCGCCACUCACACAAAGCAAUAUUCACGCAUCGCUUUGUUGUCGUCGCGAUUAAUAACGACGGAGCGUGCACACUUUUGGGAGAAGAGAGACAAAUACGAGACAUACUGUAGAGCUUACGUUGUACUUUGUUCACUGCCAUCGUCCUGACCUGUGGUGCCUGUAAUAAGCUAGUUUAACACUUCUCCCCCUUUCUACUGGAGGAAUAGAACAAAUAACUCUGAAGUAUUUUGUUUUUUCUUUAACAUUUUAUAUGGUUCUUCCAGCUUAUAGAGAAAAAAAAAAACAGCACAAAUGGAAAUAUUGACAUUUAGAAGCCACUUAAAGCAUGAUUCCUCAGAGCUGUUUCUGUUGGUCUGGAGAGGACCCGGAUGAAUGAAUGAAAAAGAAGCAUUAAGCGACGAUGGAAACACUGCUUACAAAACGAUAGAUUGUAUAAAUUUUUGCUAAAUUGUCUUUGUACAGUGUAAAUACAGCGAAAUCUGUAGACUGAGGUCAUAUUGUAAAGAAGAAGAAAAAGAAAACAAAAACAGAAUGAUGUUAGAAUAUUUAUAUUGGAUCAGUUUUUACUGUACGUGAUGGGGGGCGGUAAACAUGUCUGAUUCCGUGUUUCUAUGACAAAUCAAGAGGAAGGUGAAGUAUUAAGAUUUAAAUGGGAGACGCCACUUAAGGUUUGUCCGUUUUCUUGUUUCGCACUGCGGAAAAGGGCCAUUUUUUUUUUUUACGUGUUACAUACUGUAAAUGGUAUAUAUAGAUACUGCAAGACAAUUCAGGCUCGUUUUAUGACUUUUGUUGCCCCACGUUGUGGAAACAUUGCCAGAUUUAUAUGUUUUUAAUUUAAGUGAUGAUUCAUGUUCCUUAUGGAGCCCUGAAACCAACAAAAUGUAGUAAAAGGUGAUCAGGUGAGUCAGAAAUAAGACUAAAUACAUCAAUAAAUAUUGUUGUUUAUUUCAA